AUGCUCGCCGUGGCCAACGAACCAGAACCCAUUCGAGUCGCCUACGCUGGAUUCGGAAAAAGCGGAACAAGGUCCCUUGCCCAAGCCCUGACUCGGCUCGGUUACAAAACCUGCCACGGAACCGAGAUGAUCGCCAUGAAGGGAUACAAGGGCAUUAUGGAAGCCUUUGCCGACGACCGCAUCGAUGACGCACUCCGUCUCACCGAAGAAGAAGGAUGCAAUGCCACUUUCGAAGUCCAUUCCUGGUGGUGGCAGGAGGUCCGCAAGAAACGCCCCAAUGCCAAGUUUAUUGUGGUCAUUCGAGACUACGAUCGGUGGGAACCGAGCAUGCAACACACUCUCAAGGUGCUCCAGCCCAUGCUCCGGUAUCCCUUUCGGUGGGUCCCUGUCAUGGAUGUGGGCGUCCGUGUCAUGGUGAAAGCGGCGAUGCAUUCCAUGGACGUGGGACCCGACUACGCCAUGGAGUACCUGACGCACCCCACCGACGAGAAAUUCAUUGCCAAACGAAAACAAAUGUACGACAAGUUUGUUGUGGAUGGCACAAAGUUUGCCCAAAAGGAACCAAAGCGAGCCUUGCUGUUUCAUUUGAAGGAUGGCUAUGCACCAUUGUGUCAGUUUCUGGGUGUUGACAAUGACAAGUGCCCAAUCGACGAACCAUUCCCUCAUAUCAACACGCGCUGGGAACUCACCAUUACUAUUGCUGUGUUUAUGAUCAUCGAAGUGUCUGUGUUUCUUGCCCCAGUCCUUGUCAUUUUAGUUGUGGCUAGAAAACUGUGGUUGCGGCGGGGCACAUCCGAUUCUGCUGCCGUCACUGAUGCUGCUGCAACAGCAGAGAGGAGGAAUAAGAAACACAAGUAG